UUAACCCGGAAGUAGUAAAGCAAGCACGAGCAGUCGUUUCGGAGGAUGAAAAUCAAAACAAAGAGAUGGGACCUUUACAACUCAACAUAUUUCAGAGGCUGAAUGAAGUAUGUAUUUUGUGAAAACAAAGAAACAAUUUGACCAACAAGAAUGCAAAGAACUUCAAGCAAAAAAGGAGAAAAUAGCUGAACGACAACAAAAAGAUGGGAAGAGUUCAGCAGCCGUAUCCAGCCCCACAAAAAGAGGCAAAAACGAGAAAAGUGACAGCAAUGGUUUUCUGGAGGACGAACUGCCAGACGGAGCAUGCUUUCGACCUAAAGUUGUUGAAACAGAAGUAAACAAUGAAAAUGACGUAUCCGCUGUCAGAUCAGCCGAGUAUAUUGGUUCGUUUUCUGUGUCAGGAAGUGAUCAAAAUGCCAGGACGGAGUUUGUACAAAAAGAAAUGGAAAAAAUGAGGCAACCAGAUAAGAGUAAAAACAUCAUGUUGGUGAUUUCAUUGACUGGUGUGAAAGUCUGUAGCAGUAAUGGGGAGAGUGUGUAUAUGGCUCAUGCUUUGAAGAGAAUUUCUUAUGCUACUUGUGAACCAGAGUUUCGUCAGUUUUCCUUCCUUGCCAGAGAACCAAAGGGACACAUUGACAGCCAGUUUUGUCAUGUAUUUUUGACAAAAAGUCCUGAAGAGGCAGAAGAACUAAACACUUUGAUUGGUAAUGCAUUUAAAAUGGCAUAUGCACAACAGCGGGUUAAACAACCAACAUUUAACGAACUCAUUGAGAAACAACUUGUCGAACAGAAACAAAAGUAUCAAGAAUACCAGGAACAUGCUCAGAAAAUGUUUCAACAACGACUGCAAGAGAUAGCAACACCUACGCCAUUUUCUGAAAAAGCUCAACAACACAUGGAAAUGAGACGACAGUCAAGUAGUGAUGAUACAUCUGACAAUAGGGACAUAAUCUCAGGAAAAAAUAAUAAAUUAUGGUCUACCACGAACCAGUACCCUACACAGGCCAAACACCAAGUUGACAGAGUAAAGCAUAGAACCCCUGGAUUAGAUAAUCCCCAGGGUCAACAAUCAUGCCCAGCACCCACCACAUCACCACCACCAAGGCCACUCUCAGAUGCACCAUCAUCACACUUGUCGAGGCCUCAGUCCGAAGUUUUUGUUAAUUCUACACCAACCGGAAGACCUCAGUCGGAAGCAUAUAUAAAUUCAACACCAACUGGAAGGCCUCAGUCAGACGCAUUUAUCAAUUCAACACCAACUGGAAGGCCUCAGUCUGAGGCUUACCCAAAUAAUUCACGAUAUAUUGAUCAAAGUGGACCAAAACAUAAGGGUACACCACAGACGUCACCUAUACAUCAAAGUACAACAUCAAGUAAAAGGAGCUCAUACGCGAACUCAAAUAAUUCCAGGUCACCACCCCAUCAAAGGAUCUGUUCACCGGGGAGAGUAUCAAAUGGUCAGAGUGAACGAACUAUGAAAAGCUCACCAGUUCACAAGAGAGUAUGCUCACCAAGGAGAAAUUCUCCGACAAGAUCCACAGGAUCUGUUCGUAGUUCAUACGAUAAUGUAAGUACUUCCUCACGAUCUCAGACUGCCAACUCACGUAAUUCGCCAGUGGAUUCAUUAGCUCAGUUACGGUUUGACCAAUCAAACAAUUCCAAUAAAGGAAAAGGUUCACCGGUGACAGCUCUAAAGGAAGCCAUUGAUCGUGGAUUUUUAAAUGACGGUCAUGCUAUUGCCCGUGACAUUGCCCAAUCACAUGGAAUCUGUAUCCAGGAUCCUAAUGGUUAUCUACAACCAAAGAACAGUAAAGAAGAAGAUAAGAUGAAUCCAAACCUGGUGAACCGUCCUUUACCUGCCAUACCUAAAGAAACCGGUGUACAAAAUGGUCAUAGUGGUAAGAACAAAAACUGGACAAGCCUGGACGAUGAUGUCCUCACCCCACAACACAGAGUACAAAUGAGAAGAGAUAAUCUGAGGGAUUCCCCAAGACGACGUCAACCAAGACCACACAGUGAAGUUUUUGCUGAUCAUAAAUUUGUGGACCUAGACGGACCUGGUUGUUAUAUGUAUGGAUCAAGGUCACAAGUUCAUCAACAAGUUGCAAGGUCAAAAUCAAGUGAAGGUCAGCAACAGAAACUGCAGAACUAUGGUCUACAGCUACAGAUGCAGUAUCAAUCUGGUCCCCUGUCUAGUCAAAUGAAAUACCAGAAUGGAGGUGAAAGUUCAUAUGAGUAUGCUGAUGAAGGUGCCAUGUAUGAUAAAAACCGUCCAGGGCUGGAAGCUUUGAUGGGACUAGACAGAAGUCAUAUACAAGAUGAAACAUUACGCCAUGCCUCCUGGUAUCAAGCAGGAAUACCAAGAGAAAUCGCCUUAGAGAUACUACAGCAAGAAGAUAUUGGUUCUUUCAUAGUACGUGAUAGUACGACACAUCCAGGAUGUUACGCUCUGUCGGUCAGAGUACCUAAAUAUGACAACCCAACAGGAAUCUCACAUUAUCUUAUAUUAAAGACACAGAGAGGAGUCAAGUUAAAAGGUUUAGAUAAAGAAUGGCCAGAUUUAUUAGCUCUAGUCACUCAUCAUACAGUUAUGCCCGAGAUGUUACCGUGUACCUUAAGACUGCCACAUAAAUCUAAAAAUCCUACGUACAAAGACAAUGAUAAAGAUGAAAAGGACGAGGAUCCCGACUAUCAGAGAUUAUCAGACUUUACAUCAAUGAUGGAAGCUCUUAAAAAAUGAUGAUUUAACAUGCAUUUGUGCUAUUGUUGAAUGUAGUCCUUGCUUCGGUGUACAAACCAAAAUGUGCAUUAAUUCCUGAACUGGUAUCUACUGAUACACAAUUAGAAUGGAAAAAAGAAAUCAAACAUUUUACCAGUCACUUGUUGUUUGUGUUGUACAAGGGUGAGGACCGAACAGAUUACCGAAAAACUUAUGUGUACACUUUGACAUGUGUAAAGUUUGGAGGUAGAAGUUAUAUGUCAGUAAACCUUUUCAUCAUAGUAAACAUAUAUAGCUACUGCAAUGAUCAUCUUAGAGAUCAAACUGAAGCAUCAUGUGGAAAGUACAGAUCAUUAACAGCAAAGUCAUGAAGAAAAAACAGCAAUAUUCUAUCAGAUAUAAGAUUAGGUUGUUAUUGUCAAUACUGUAAUCUUUGUUCCAAAAUUUGACAUUUAUAUUUUUGCAAAUUUUAUCUUUAAUGUAUCUAUUGUAUUACAGAUUUAGAUAAACUACUCUAAAAGGUCACAUUUUAUAUUUGCAAAGUCUUAAUGAAACCACUGUGCUAAAUUGAAAAUCCAUUCAUUAUAGUCACAAUAUAGUGCUUGUUUUGUUGUACAAUGUAAAAUGUUUACCAAUAGUUCAUGUAUUAUACCCAUUGAUGUAUACAUAAAUGUAAAUCCAUUGGAUUAAAAAAAAGAACUACAAACAUGAGACAUUGUGUAUGGUUGUGUGUGUACUAGUUUUAACUCCUAGUCAUGAUGUAGUAAAAACAUUUUGGCUGAAAAUUGGCAGACCUGUUAGUUGACCUAAAGUCUAGUCUUUAAAUUUUCUUUUUGGAGAAUAAAGGAUAUUUCUAACCUGGUAGAUUGGGGUAAGAAUGGAAAUAAAAUAGUUCUAUUACUAUCAGAAAGUACUGUCUAAAAUUAAACAAUUUUCAUCUAGAAAAGAGAAAUAUCUGACAUUGUUCUUGUAUUCUGUGAUAUGAUUGGAUAGGUAUCUACUUUAUCUAUAUUUCUGACCAAUUAUAUGGUUGGUUGUUAGUGUUAUGACAAUUUGAUUGAUUGUAAUCCACUGAAUCAGUCUUUAAUCAGAUUACAAAUGUGCCAACUGGAUAUGUGUGGUUCUAUGUGAUAUAAGUGUACAUAUGUUAUAUAUAUAUUAAGGAAUUGUAGGAAUGCAAUGGUUAAGAUUUGUUGCAAUCUGGGUAAUAAAUUUGUGUAAGAGUUGACCUCAUGAAUUCCUGUUAAAAGAGUACUAUUGUCAUAUCUGACACACAAUCUUGGAAAAAUCAUUUUCUGUAAUUUGUUUUAGACCAACAAAAAACAGGAGUAGAAUUUUUUAAAGUGUACAUUUAAAACUGUUACUGUUGCUAUACUACUCAAAUAGAUUUGUGUCAAUUAUUUUUGUAUAGGGAUUAAUAAUAUAAAUGAUACCAUUUUAACUGCACCAGAUGCUCAUUUUGACAGCUAAUGUCUCUUUUGAGAUUUUCGAAUGAUGUAAUGGAAGGAUUUCACUUUUUUAAAAGUUUUAAAAAAAAGAUGUGCUAAGGGAGGUAACUCAGACGUUUUGAUUUCAUUCAAGGAAUUAUUUUCAAUAGCCUGUACAAGGUACAAUAAUUGAAAAAUAGUCUCCCACUAAUUGUCAAGGUUGUUAUUUUACAAAUUUGCAUUAAAAUGACCUGAUAACACUUUAAUUGUAAACGAAUUAUACAAGGUUGUACAUAUGUAUAGUUGUGUAUGACUAAGUUAUUAUUUAUAUAAUACACUUGUUUAUUUGUAAAUGUUAUGGCUUCCUGAGAAUGAUUAUAAAGAAUUCACACACUGGAAAUCCUAGUCAUGUUAAAAUGCUGUGAAAAGUUCUUUGUUAAUUGAAUUUUAUUCAAAGGAGCAUGCUGCAUAAUACUAAACACAAAUUUGACAUACUGAGGCUUAUUUGGGACUAAACUUAAAAAAAUAGAAAAUGUUAUAAAUAUAAUUAUUUUAUUUAUGAAAGUAGAAAGUUUUUCAUCUGUACAAACCAUCCUAUAUAUAUAUAUGACUCAAAGUUACAAUACCAAUCUUGGUUCAUUUAAUUAAUAUUUUUUCUUCAUUUCAAAUGAAAAUUUUAUGUUAUUUUUGUAAUAUCCUAACCAUGAAUGAACCAAAACUUUUAAAUUUGUGAUUUUGUUGUACCUUCAAAUACAGUAGUCAAUACAUAGGAGAAUGGGUAUAAUGUAGAAAUAAAACUGUUAUUUUUGUUUUCGUAUUUCUUACAAAGAAAUAAUGUGUGAUAAUAAAGCUGUUUACAUCCAAUUGUUUGUGAGUUAUGUGUACUAUAGGUUGUUAAAUAUUUGACAGAUUUGUGCCUAAAGUAAAUGUUUAAAUUAACAAAGAAAGUAGUUUUCUUUUUGUUUUCAAUAGUAAUUGGUUUUCAUAGCAAAUAGUUAAAAUGAAAGGUACAAGAAUAGUACAUAAUUUUUAGCAUGAAAAGAUUGUUUUUAAUCUAUGAAGUAUUGUAAGUUCUGUCACAAAUACAAAAUUGACAUAUGUUAACAGUUGUAGUUAUUCCCAUUGGAAUAUAAAUUGGUCUUCAAUUAAAAAAUAUAGUGAUAUAUUUUUUUAAUAUUAUUUAACUAUUUAAGAUAGCUUUUGAAUAGUAUACUUAAAAAUAAAACAAAUGGUAUUUUGGAUCCUUUCCACAUUAAGACAUUUUUGUUUUCUUUUUUCUUUUUUUUUAUAGAUAAUGCAGCAUUUAAAGAAUCUUACAGGCAAUGAAGAUUAAAAGUUAAAAGAUUUUUUUAAUGGUUUUAUUUCCAAAAGCUAUAUUUCAGACAAAUUACUUCCCUUUUUUCUAAAGGAAGUUUAAGUUAAGCCUUUGUAAUUAUUUAUCUUCAAUGUGUGUUGUUAUAUUUCUAUUCUACAAUCUAGUUAUUGUUUUGUUUGUUGAAAAGAGAAUUCAACUUAAAAUUUUUAAGUAUUAUCAAAAAGUCAUCUUGCCUGAAUAAAAAUUUCAUGAAUUAUC